AUGUCUUCACAAUGGAAUGAACUGAUCCCAGUAUCAAAUCCCAGCCUCAAUUUCGCAUUGGCAGCUACAAUCUUACUGCUCAUUGGAUUCGCUGGUGGAAGCGCAUUCUUAUUAUACGAAGUCAUGCAAACCAAAUCAACACGAAGCUGGACUAUGGAAAUUGGCCUGGCUGCUUUGAGUUCACUCUUCGUUGGGUUUGGAACUCUGUAUCUAUUCUUGGCAGUUGGAAUAUAUGUAUAG